AUGCCCGACGACAAGAUAUUCAUCACACGCAGCCAUAUCAUACCGGAAGCGAUCGCGUACCUUGAUGGCAUAUACGACAUCGAAGUGUGGCAGCAAAACGCGCCGCCCCCUCGUUCUCUUCUACUUGAAAAGGCGCAGGAGUGCGGCGCCUUGCUGACUGAAGUAACCGACAUCAUCGACGCCGACCUGCUCGACAGCGCCAAAGACGCUCAAGGCGCGGCGAUAGAUGUAACCGACCCUGAGCCGAUUCCGUUCGACGACCCGCUAUUGUCGCUCGACAACCUGCUGGUUACGCCUCACAUCGCCAGCGCCAGCCGCCAGACCGUGCGCCGAAUGGGGCAAAUGUCAGCCGGCAACAUCAUCGCCGCGCUGCGGGGCGAGGCGAUGCCAGGGUGCGUCAAUCCGGAGGCGUUGGACAGAACCUAG